AUGACGACUUACAUCCCAGCCCUCACAAUACCUUCAAACGUGUUCCUAAAUCCCGCCUCCUCCAUCCUCCUCCCCAUCGCAUUGGGUACUUCCGUUGGCUUUGGAACUCGACCCUCCAAAGCGCAAAAGACAUAUCUCGCAUUGAAGCAGCCUCCUUUACACCCUCCGCCGUGGGUUUUCGGCCCAGUAUGGACCGUUCUUUACGGGCUUAUGGGAUACGCCGCUUACCGUGCUGCAUGGACCGGCCUCUCACCCUUCUCUUCCCCACAGACCAUCCAGACAACGAAGCAUAGCAUGACGGUUUACACCAUCCAGCUGGGCCUCAACCUCGUCUGGAUGCCGCUCUUCUUCGUUGCCAAGCGCCCCAUCGAAGCCACCGCCGACAUUGUCGUUUUGCUGGGCCUCAACGGUUAUCUAGCUUCGCUGUGGGGAUCAAUCGAUUCGGUUGCGGCCUGGUGCCAUGCUCCCUAUAUCGCAUGGCUGGGGUUUGCGACGUAUCUGAGCGCUGGCGCCGGAUACCUCAAUGACUGGAACCUGGCGGACAAGGAGGAGACCAGAGAUGAUGUGAAGCAAUAG